AUACAUAUUUAAUCACACGUGCCAGAAUUAAUUCUUAAAAAUUGUUAAAAUAAAAUAAAAAAUACUAUAUUAAAAUGGAGAUGAUGCAAGGAGCUUCCCUUUUAUCACGACCAGCAGAUGAAUUCGGAAAUGAUGGUUUGGUAGAGGAAUUGUGGGCAGUAAAGGCUAUGGAUCAUGCUGAAGUGUAUUUUAAUUUACUUACAAGUGUCCACCCUUCAUGCAUCAAACUGACCCCAUAUGAUGACCAAAUAUACCAAACAUUUCGACAGGACUUUCCAAAUUUAAAAGUCGAUGUUUUAACAGAUGAUAUUCUUAAAUCUCCAGCUGCGAAACAAGAAUGGCGUCAGUUUGCCGAAAAGUUUAACAAGUUGGAAGAUUAUUCCUAUGGCACCUUAAUGCGGGCCAAUUCAGCAGAUGAAUUUUCGCCUGACAACUCACUUUUGGUAGUGCGCAUUCAGUUCCUUGCUAUAGAAAUUGCACGAAAUCGUGAAGGUUAUAAUAAUGACGUACACCAAAAGUUCCGCCCCGCUCCAAAAGCUAACACAAUACCAAGUGAAAAACAAUUGUACCAAGAAGUGUCUAAGUAGAUUAAUUAUCUAUUAAAUAUAAGUUUUUAAAGAGAA